UACUAGCAGACAAAUUCACUUUUCCUCUCUCUCGCUCUCUCAAAAAGAAGGAGAUUUAUUAAUAUUCCUCCAUUUUAUUUUUCCCUCUGAUUUUGCCAACUAGCACACCAUUGGAUUCUCCUAUUCAAAUUUAAAUAAUUUCUCACUCACAAACACACACCUCUCUCUCUCUCCCUCCCUCCAUAUCCCUCUCUCUUUCUAAAAGUUUUGGUGAUUUCACAGUCAGCUGAGGCUGCCAAUGCAGGAAAGUUGAUUUUCGAGGUAAACUGCUUGAGAACACAGAAAACAUGCCCAAGCAUCGGUGGCGCGAAUCGGUGAAAACCUUUUUUGGGAAUCAUGUUGAUCUUGAAAGAAAUCAGGAGCUGAAAGAAACCAAAGCAGAAAUCGAGGGCAACGUGCAGAAGAUCUUAAAGGUUCUUAAAGAAGAUGAUGAGAAGGAACCACUGGCUAAUCUUGUUGAGGAUUUCCACAAUCACUACCAGUCUCUAUACGCGCGUUAUGAUAAUCUGACGGAAGAGUUGAGGGAAAAGGCGAACAAAAAACAUGGUAAGGGCGGUUCCUCGUCCAGCUCCGAUUCCUCAGACUCGGAUGAUUCACACAGGGGAGAAAGAGGCUCAAAAAAUGGUGUGGAUGAGCAUGAGAAAGCAGCAGCUGUCAAGCAAGAACUGGAAAUGGCUCUUUCCGAGAUUGCUGACUCGAAGAGGAAGCUGGCAAUCACUGUUUAUGAAAAGGAAACGCUGCAUCAGGAAUACCAAAAUGCUCUAAAUAAAACCAAGGAAUCAGAGACUAUUAUAGCCGAGUUGAAUUCUAAAGCUGAAAAAUUGGAAGGCGAGAAUUCUAGACUUUUGGCUGAAAAUACUGAUGUGAAAUUGGAACUGGAGAAUUCGGUUAAGCUACAAGCCGAGUUGAACCAGAAGCUGGAAGAGAUGAAGAGUGAGAGAGAAAUCCUGAGCAUCGAGAAAGAUGCAGCCGCUGCCAAACUCGAAGAGGAGAAGGAUACGGCUGACGAGCUGAGAACCAUCAAUAACCAGCUGCACAAAGAGAGAGAAGCCAUACAGCUGGAGCUGGAAGUAGUCAAGGGAGAACUCUCUACUUCAAUGGAGAAACUAGACUCAGCAGAAAAUGAAAUCAGUAGGCUGAGUGAGAUGCAAGACGUUGAUACAGACGAGAGAACUAGCCUUACCUUAAAGAUUUUACAGCUUGAAGAUGACAUAAAACAAGCUGAGAUCAAGUUUCAAGAUCUUGCAAAUGAAUCAAGCCAGUUAAGGGGACAAUUGGGAGAGAAAGAAAGGGAGCUUUCAAGUCAUCUGGAGACUCACAAGGCUCACAAAAAAGAAGCAAAAGAAAAACUUGAAUCGGCGGAAAGAGAAAAGGCCAAGGUAAAUCAGAUGCACAAGGCCUCUCAAGAGGAGAACAGUAAUCUCUCCUCAAAGAUUUUGCAGCUAGAGGGAGAGAUCAAACAGGCUUUAACCAAGAUUCAAGAUCUUAUUGCUGAAUCUAGCCGGUUGAGGGAAAAUUUGGCUAAGAAAGAAAGGGAGAUUUCGAGUCACCUUGUGAUUCACGAAACUCACAAAAAGGAAGCACUGGAGAAACUGGAGAAAGCAGCAGAAGAAAUCACUAAGCUUAGUCAGAUGCAAAAGGCUGCUGAAGAGGAGAAUGCUAGUCUUACUUCAAAGAUUUCACAGCUUGAAGAAGACAUGAGACAGGCUGAAAAUGAGAUUCAAGAUCUUAUUACCGAGUCAAGCAUGUUAAGUGAAAAUAUGUCUGAGAAAGAAAGGGAGCUUUCAACUCACCUUGAUAUUCAUGAGGCCUACAAAGAGGAAACACUGGAGAAACUGGAGAAAGCAGAAGAAGAGAGCACUAAGCUUCGUCAGAUGCAUAAGGCUGCUGAAGAGGAGAAUACUAAUCUUUCUUCAAAGAUUUCACAGCUUGAGGAUGAGAUAAAACAAGCUGAAAACAAGAUUCAAGAUCUUGUUACCGAAUCUAGCCAGUUGAGGGAAAAAUUGGCUGAGCAAGAACGGGAGCUUUCAAGUCACCUUGAGACACAUGAAGCUCACAAAAAGGAAGCACUGGAGAAACUGGAGACAGCAGCUGGAGAAAUCACUAAGCUUAGUCAGAUGCACAAGGCUGCUGAAGACGAGAAUAGACAGGCUGAAAACAAGAUUCAAGAUCUCAUUACCGAAUCAAGCCAGUUGAGUGAAAAAUUGGCUGAGAAAGAAACAGAGCUCUCAAGUCAUCUCGAGAUUCAUGAGACUCAAAAGAAGGAGUUAACGGAGAAACUUGAGACGGCAGCAGAAGAAAUAGCUAAGCUCAGUCAAAAGCAAAAGGCUGCUGAAGAGGAGAAUACUAGUCUGUCUUCAAAGAUUUCACAGCUUGAGGAUGAGAUUAGACAGGCUGAAAACAAGAUUCGAGAUCUUAUUACCGAAACAAACCUGUUAAAUGAAAAAUUGGCUGAGAAGGGAAGGGAGCUUUCAAGUCAACUUGAGAUUCAUGAGGCUCAGAAGAAGGAACUAACAGAGAAACUGGAAGCAGCAACAGAAGAGAUCACUAAGCUUAGUCAAAAGCAAAAGGCUGCUGAGGAGGAGAAUACUAGUCUGUCUGCAAAGAUUUCACAUCUUGAGGAUAAGAUAAAACAGUCUGAAAACAAGAUUCAUGAUCUUGUUACUGAAUCAAGCCUGUUAAGUGAAAAUUUGUCUGAGAAAGAAAAGGAGCUUUCAAGUCAACAUGAGAUUCAUGAGGCUCGGAAGAAGGAACUAAUGUUGAAACUUGAAACAGGGGCAGAAGAAAUCGCUAAGCUCAGUCAGAAACAAAAGGCUGCUGAAGAGGAGAAUACUAGUCUCUCCUCAAAGAUUUUGCAGCUUCAGGAAGAGAUCAAACAGGCUGUAAGCAAGAUUCAAGAUCAUAUUACAGAAUCUAGCCGGUUGAGGGAAAAUUUGGCUGAGAAAGAAAGGGAGCUUUCAAGUCACUUUCAGAUUCAUGAGGCUCACAAAAAGGAAGCAACGGAGAAACUGGAGACAGCAGCAAAAGAAAUCGCUAAGCUGAGUCAGAUGCAAAAGGCUGCUGAAGAGGAGAAUACUAGUCUCACUUCAAAGAUUUCACAGCUUGAGGAUGAGAUAAGACAGGCUGAAAACGAGAUUCAAGAUCUUAUUACCGAGUCCGGCAUGUUGAGUGAAAGUUUGGCUGAGAAUGAAAGGGAGCUUACAAAUCACCUUAAUAUUCAUGAGGAUUACAAAGAGGAAGCAACGGAGAAACUGGAGAGAGCAGAAGAAGAAAUCGCUAAGCUCAGUGAGAUGCAAAAGGCUGCUGAAGAGGAGAAAGCUAGUCUUACCUUGAAGAUUUCACAGCUUGGGGAUGAGAUAAGACGGGCUGAAAACAGAAUUCAAGAUCUUGUUACAGAAUCAAGCCGGUUAAGUGAAAAGUUGGAAGAAAAAGGGAGAGAGCUUUCAAGCCACAUGGAGAUUCAUGAGUCUCACAAAGAACAAGCAUCAACUCGUGCAAGGGAAUUGGAGCUGGAACUUGAUUCAUCACACAUGCAAAGAAGAGACAUUCAGAAACAGAAAGAAGAUGAAAUCUCUGCUCUUCUUCAAAAACUUGAAGAUCAAGAAAAGUCAUCAUUAGCCCAAAUAAAUGGUCUAAAUGAGCAGAUCAACGAUGUUCGAGCUGAGGCAGAGUCCUUGCGGGCUCAAAAGGGUGAGCUGGAAGCACAAUUAGCACAGAAAGAGAUUGAAGCCUCUGCUCAAAUCAAGGACUUGAAAGAUCAUGUCCAUGAAAAGCAGGUGGAACUGGAAUCCUUGCUCAGUCAAAAAAUGGAAUCAGAGAUGCAUCUUGAAAAAAGAGUUAAAGAAAUCUCUGAGUUCCUAUUCCAGAUAGAGACUCUGAAAGAAGAGCUGAAAAAUAAAAGCUUGGAGCUAAAGGGGAACAUUGAAGAAAAGGAGACUCUUCUGGAACGAGUCAAAGAUCUGGAACUGGAGCUCAACACCCUGAGUAACCAGAAACACGAACUUGAAGAGCAGUUAAGGAGAAAAGGUGAGGAGCUUAGUGAGUUGCAAGAAGAAAAGGGAAAGUUGCAUGAAAAAGCUGCUGAGAUGGAGAGAGCAUUGGCUGAGAAAGAGAACGAACUAUCUAAUUUACUGAAGAAGUCCGAAGAUGGAGAGAGAGAAGCGCUUGCCCGGAUUGCAGCAUUGACUGCAGAUGUAAGCAGUCUCCAAGAGCAAUUGGAUUCUUUAGCUGCUCUAAAAAGUGAGGCAGAUAUCAUCCUCGACAGAAAGACUACAGAAAUAUCAACAAUCCUGCUACAGAUUGAAAAGCUAAGAGAAGAACUGUCAGGCAAAACUGCUGAUGGAGAAAAUUUACUUAAAGAGAAGGAGACUAUGACAGUGCAGCUAAAAGAUCUGCAUCUAGAGCUGGAGACUCUUCGUCAACAAAAAGGUGAAAUGGAAGAUCAAAUAAACAUCAAACUUAGUGAAGGAAAUCAGCUGAGGGAGGAGAAGGGUGGCCUAGAGAGCAAGAUAUCUGAAUUGGAGAGGACGCUAGCAGAGAGAGGCGAUGAACUCAUCGCUGUGCAGAAAAAAAUGGAUGAUCUGCAGAAUGAAUCAUCCACCGAAGUUUCUGCCUUGAAAAAACAGAUUGACACUUUACAGCAGCAGCUGGAACUGCUGGAGUCUCAGAAGCGAGUACUGGAAAUGGAAAUUGAGAAAACCAAGCAAGAGGCUGCAGAAAACUUGGUUCUCGCUGAGAACAAUAAUGCCGAAUUAGUUAACAAAAUCAAGGAGCAGGGAGAGAAACUGCAAGAACAUGAAGACGUGUACAGCAAAUUGUGUGAGGAGCACAAACAACUGGAAAUUCAGUUCCAAAGCUGUGAAGAGCAUCUAAGAUCAUCUGAAAAGAAGAUAGAAGAGGUGACACAGCAGUUUGAAAUUGACAUGUAUGCGAAAAAUCAAGAAGUGAAUGAGCUGGAAGAAAACAUAGAAGGGUUAAAGAGAGAUCUCGAAAUGAAAACAGAUGACCUCAGUACACUGGAAGAAGAUGUUCGGAACAUUGAGGUCAAGCAACGGUUAACAAGCCAGAAGCUGCGUGUCACAGAGCAGUUGUUAGUUGAGAAGGAUGAAAGCUACUUGAGAAAGGAAGAGAAGUUACUGGAAGAGCAGAAACUGCUAGAAGAUAGAGUUGCUACACUUUCAGGGAUAAUUAUCACCUAUAAAGAGGCUCAAGUGAGAGUGGUUGGAGAGAUAUCAAAGAAGGUGAACGACACUUUGACAGGCAUAGAUGCAUUCAACAUGAAGUUUGAGGAAGACUACGGCCGCAUAGAGUCUCGUAUCUAUGAAAUAGUGAACGAGCUCAAGAUCUCAACGAACUGCAUCAAAGAUAGUAACAUCGAGAAAGAUCAGCUGAGGAAGGAAAUUGCCAUUUUGGCUCAGCAACUGAGCGAUGAGAAAGGUAAAGGGCUGCACCUCAAGGGAAGGAUUGGUGAACUGGAAACUACAUUGACAAAAGACGAGGAGGAAAAGGACUGCUUGAUCAAAACUGUGAGAGAGAGGGAAACGAAGAUGGGAAAGCUUGAGAAAAUAGUAGCAGAAAGGGAUGAGAAAAUGGGAGUGUUGGAGUUGAAGAUGAAGGAGAACGAGGCCGGAUUCGAGAGCUUGAUUGAGGAGAAAAGAGAGGCCAUAAAACAGUUGUGCAUAUGGAUUGAAUACCACCGCAGUCGCAACGACGAGCUUAAAGACAUGAUCGCCAAAACAAGAAGAAGGUAGAUCUCUGCUUAGUGCAUUGAGAAAAAUUUACUCUCUCUAUGCAUUGUUGUUAUACUAUUUGAGUAUUUUUUCCCUGCUCUUUUUUUUGGUGUGGAGGAAAAAUUUCUAGAUAUUGUUGUUGUCAGUAACCAUAUGAAAUUUUGAUUUUUUUGGGGUAAAGAUAGGGUGUGUAUAGGAAAAAUUAUUCCGGUUGUUAUUGUUUCUAUAGUCAUUCAGUUUAAUUUCGGGUCUCAGUUACAGAGUACAGCAAAUAUUUGCUUCGUGAUAUUAUCACAGAGCAUAUUUUGUAAAGUAAAUUCCAUAGAAGUGUGGCUUAUUUCUUCUCUCAUAAAUGGUGAUUUACUCAGUGUAUCAAGUUUUCCUGUAUUAGUCCAAGCAACUUCUCUAUUCAAUGAAUUCUUGCCAUCUAUUUCA